ACUGAUAAAGGUGUGACAAGCGAGACAUCUGCGUUUUACUGGGACGUAGUGCUCUUCAGCUUGUGAUAGUGAUAAACAUCUACUACCAUACAAAUUAAUAAGUGACUGACCGGUAAUCACAUUAAAAAACAUUAUAAAUAUAAGUAGGCAAUUUCUAAACGCGAUAAAAAAGACUGAAGAUAUAAAUAUAAAAAAUUUAAGAUAGAUUGCUGGUAUAUAUUAAAUGCGCUAUAGGAAAUUCAAGUUUAAGUUUUCGAAGACCGAUUCAAAGGUAUUGUGAAGUGCGCCUAGAGUAGACGUUUCGUUGUGUUAUGGUGAAGUUAUGGGAACCUUGUAAAGUUGCCUAUCAAGAAAAUAGCGUGGUUGAAAUCAGUGUAGUUUUGUCAAGGCAGAUAUUAAUCAUGGAUUCAAUCGGUUGGCCAGCUUGGGUGUCUUUUGAGGAAGAUCGUCUUUUCAAAAUUUUAAGAUAUAACGAAGUAGACUGGCGUGGAAUCUAUUAUGUACCUGUUAAUCAACCAUUAGAUGUCAAUUGCAAUAAAAUGGAUCUUUUUGAAGUUUAUACACGCAUGUUAGAAGUGAAACCUGCCGAAACUUAUGGCUAUAUGCCACCGGAUGUAUUGUAUGUUAUCGGGCAAAUUGCAUUGAUCAGACUGAAACGGAGAGUACAGCGAUUAGAAAAUUUUACUUUCGGAUUCACAGAUUUGCCUUUGGAAUCAUUGUUUGAAGAAAAAAGUCGGCGUCAUUCACGCUAUCCAAAAGUAUUUAAAUAUUUCAAGAGAAGAUGGUCCAAAUUUUUAAACAAAAAAUAAAUGACUAAUUCGAGGGGGAAAAUCGCUUUUUAAUUCCAUAGAGAAAAACACAUUACCUGACGAAAGGGACUGCUACUUAAAUAUUGAAAUUAGUUGUGACAGCUGACAAACUCUUUUUUAAGGAUUUAAUAAAGUUACAAAUAAUGAUAUAUUUUACUGUGUCUUUAUUAUUGAAAGUGGCUGAUUCCUGCAACUUCAUCCGCGUAAUGUGCGUGAAAAUGGUUCAGUACCGGACAUAAAUGUUGUUUGAUUUUCAAAGGUUAUACAUACAACUUUACUAUACCAUCGUAUAGAAAAUCAUGCACUAUUUAUAUUCGAUACUGUACAUAAUAAUAAAUUGAUCGAAAAAAGUUUUGAAUAGUAAUUUUGUAGUACAAAUAAACCAAUUCCAGAUACAUAUUACUUUCUGAUGGUAUUAAUAAGGGGCUGAUAAACUCGUAGCUAUUAAUAAUAGACAAAACAAUGGGAAUUUUAUCGUAUGAUUUACUUACAUUAUUCCCAUUUUCGAUUGUUUAUGACCAAUACAAUUGUUAUGAGCAAAUGAAGUUAGUUUCUAUUUCUAUCAUGUAAUUAUAAACCUUUUCUCAAUAAAAGAAAAAUAUCCUGUUAAAAAAAUCAAAAAUAUCGCAUAAAUCUAGUGUGUAAUUGUUUAUAACUAAUCCAAUUGUUUUAAACAAAAAGGUUUUAUUUCCGUUCAUGUUACAUGGUUAAUAACUCUUUUUCGAGAAAGAAAAAAUUCCCCUUCAGUUAAGACUUCACUAACAUUAACAUCACAUUUACAUAUACAUAAUGUCCGCAUAUACAUAAUUACAAAAGAUUAUUUUACAAACUUAUGACACCAAAAAAGCAAAGGUUCUUUGUCUAUCAUGCUAAAAAUGUGAUGAUUUUUAUUUUUAUAGGGUGACAAAAAUAUAAAAUUCGGCUCUUAUAAUAAUUUCAUUAGUUCAUACAUCACAACAGCUUUUUAUAGCGUCGGAAUGUUUACCGAAAUGUUUAUCUGCAUGAACAAAGUAUGUAUAGACUCGUAUUCAAACUUCAUUAACAACGCAUGGAUAGAAGAGAACUAAGUCGUUCAAUGUCAGUUGCUCAAAUCGGCUGCAGAAGAGAACACGUCCAUUUCGUGAGUUGAACACAUUUUUUAUCAAAUUAUGUUGUAUAUUGUACAUUAUUGUAAAAGAUAGGUUAGUUUCGAGUUAGUGUGAAGAUAGUUCCCGCCAGACUUCAAUUAUUCGAGGUAAUCUAAUUUAUAACAACCAAAUGUUUCAUAAUGUUACAUUAUUGUGCCACUGUGAGUAAUUUACUAGUCGCUCUUGGAAUCCAAGGACGUAUUUCCGUACUGGGAGGAUGAGUACAUGUUUUAUAUAUAUAUACAUUUUAUGAGAUUAUGUUUUUGUUCACGAUCUAACGGAUUUCAUUGAAUUUUGAUAAUAUAGGAGGAAAAAUAGAAUGAACAAAGGUGUCCUUGAAAAAUUUUUCAUACAAUAUCGCUAUUAACCUCCAGUGGGUAGUUGUAACAAAUUCGAUUGUGUAACUUUAUAAUUUUGACACAUGGUUACAUUUCGAGAUUGCUAGAUUGAAUACUAGUAUAGGUACUUAAGAAGAGGGCUGGGUGUGCGUAUGUAUGCUGGUUAUGAAUUAUUGUAUCGUGUAUUUUGAAAACAAUUGAUACUGUUCACAUGAAACCACUUUUAUUUAAAGUAUAGGUCUGGUGCUUAUUCCGGGCUAUAAUUUGAGGAAAAUCAAUUGAGUCACUUUUUGUGUAAAAAACUAAAAAAAGGCAAACCAGCCAAUGUUCACAAUUCACGAUGUUAUGAAUAUUGUUAUUAAAAAUAAUUAAAUGUUUGCUAAUUUUUCAUACUUUCCACGGGCAAGUUAGUCAUGUAAAUCUACAGGGUUGCACCAAGACCAAAUUUUUUAAAUCAUGCAAUGUACAAUAGUUAAAUAAUCAUAAUUUGCUAAUCAUAAAUUAUUGGAUAAAAAUUACAUUUCUAAAGACUAAAGCAUUUACAGCCAAA